AUGGCCGAGAGGCGUCGUGAAUUCGCGUCACAAGUGCAGCUCAUUACGCUCGACCUAGUUCUGCUUCUACUGCUGUCGCCCUCCCAUCAUUCCCUCGCUGCGGCCGCCUGCACCGCUGCAUUCCCCUCCGCGUCCGCCUGCUUCCCCGCGACCGCCUCUCACCGCGCCUUGAUACAGCUCAUACGACCAACCUCCGUCGUAGGCGCUCUCCACAGCUCUUCGCCUGGAAACCGCGCUCUACCGCUCAACGACACAGCGUCGCUCAGCGACACAGCGUCGCUCAACGGCACAGCGUCGCUCAGCGACACAGCGUCGCUCAACGGCGCAGCGUCGCUCAGCGACACAGCGUCGCUCAACGGUACAUCGUCGCUCAACGGCACAGCGUCGCAUAACGGCACAACGUCGUUCAACGGCACAGCGUCGCUCAACAAUACAGCGUCGCUCAACAGUACAGCGUCGCUCAACAGUACAGCGUCGCUCAACAGUACAGCGUCGCUCAACAGUACAGCGUCGCUCAACAGUACAGCGUCGCUCAACAGUACAGCGUCGCUCAACAGUACAGCGUCGCUCAACAGUACAGCGUCGCUCAACAGUACAGCGUCGCUCAACAGUACAGCGUCGCUCAACAGUACAGCGUCGCUCAACAGUACAGCGUCGCUCAACAGUACAGCGUCGCUCAACAGUACAGCGUCGCUCAACAGUACAGCGUCGCUCAACAGUACAGCGUCGCUCAACCGUACAGGGUCUCUCAACGGCACUGCGUCGCUCAAUGGUGGCGGCAGCGAUGGGAGUGCAUCCCUCAGCGGCGGGGGCGGCGGGCCAGUGGAGAGGGUGGGGCGGGCGGCGGAGAAAAUAGCGCACGCGGUGGGGGAGGCGGGGCAGGUGGCGAAGCAGGUGGUGGAGAUGUACGUGCGCCCCAACGCGCGCCCGCGCAUUCCGCUCGGCCCCACCAUCAUCAAAUGGCUCAAGCGCUCGCCCAUCCCCCAGCAGGUGCACGUGUCGCUGGCGAGUGCGACGGCGGGCGCGGUGGCGAUGCGCAUCACGUGGAUAACGAGCCAGCCGCGAUGCCUGUCGCUCGUCACGUGGGGGCUGCACCCCAACGCGCUCAACCGCCUCUCGCGCGGCACCUCCUCCUCCUACCAGUUCCUCUUCUACAGGUCAGGGUUCAUCCACAGCGUGGUGGUGGGGUCGGCGGACAAGCCCCUGGCGGGCAACACGGUGUACUACUACCGCAUGGGGCGCAAGGGCAAGCGCCGCUCCUUCAAGACCCCGCCCACCGCCGCUGAUGCCGCCAUCAACGUUGCCAUCGUUGGCGACCUGGGGCAGAGUGGGUGGACGGUGAAGACGCUGAAGCACGUGGGCAGCCGGCCGCACGACAUGGUGGUGGUGCCAGGCGACCUCUCCUAUGCCGACUUCAUCCCCUGGCGCUGGGACAGCUGGAGCACGCUCAUUGACCCCUACGCCAGCACGCGCCCCUGGAUGGUCGUGCCCGGCAACCACGACCAGGAGUCGCUCUCGCGCUUCCUGCCUGGCUUCAUCUCAUACAACGCGCGCUGGCGCAUGCCCGCUGCAGAGAGCGGGUCGCCAUCGAACCUAUUCUACUCGUUUGACACGGCAGGCAUCCACUGGGUCAUGCUCUCCUCCUACUCGGGCUUCCUCCCCGGCUCCCGCCAGUACACCUGGCUCAAGAGGGACCUGAGUCUGGUGGACAGGGCGCGCACGCCAUGGCUGGUGGUGGUGCUGCACGAGCCGUGGUACAGCUCCAACACACGCCAUAAGGAUGACGGCCGUCCCAUGCGCCAGGCACUCGAGGGGCUGCUCUUCGCUGCGCGCACUGACAUCCUCUUUGCCGGCCACGUGCACGCCUAUGAGCGAUCCAAGCGCAUAUUCAAUGGCAAUCCACACCCCUGCGGCAUAGUCCAUGUGACUAUAGGCGACGGUGGCAACAGAGAAGGCCUCUAUUCCACCUACCACAAGAAACCUGGGUGGUCUGCAUUCAGGGAGGCCUCGUUCGGCCAUGGCCGCUUCCAGGUGCUGGGAGGAGCCAGCACAGGGGAGGCGGACUGGUCCUGGCAGCGCAAUGCAGAUGAUAUGGGUAAUUCAAAGAAAGAGGUGCCGGAAGACGAGAGAGUGACGAGUAGAUGGUCAAUACGACGAGCCGGUGAUGGAGCAGAGGGCCAUGGGAGGCCGCAUGCGGGUGAGGAACUGGAGGAGAGCAGCGUGGGCGAGGAGAGGGAAAGGGAAGACAUGGCGGGGGGCGCAGAAAGAAAUAUUCACGAGGAGGAACAUAUUUGGGGAUUGGAGAGGGGCGAAGAUGGACAAUAUGCUGACUGUGGGGAUGAGGAGGUGGCGGCGGAGGUGGAGGAGGAGGGCAAGUAUGAUGACGAGGAGAUUGACGAUGACGAAGAUGAUGAUGAGGAUGGGGAUGACGAUGACGAUGACAAUGACGAUGACGAUGACGACGAUUUCGACUACGACGAGUGGGAUGAGGAGGAGGGUGAGCGGCGCGGCGUGCAAGGCAGCGCGAUCGACGGCGACUGGACGGUGUCGUCUCGUCUGCGAGCACCGCAGCAGCGCGCGGCGGCAGAGGGCACGGGGGAGAACCAAGAGCCCGCGCCCUUGGCGCCCUCUUCUCCGCCACCUGCCUCCUCCCGCCGCUUCGCCACCCUCACCGCGCACCCCCGCGCGCCAGGCGAGCCCCUCCGCGUCACAUUCCCCGCGCAGCUGCCCGACUCGGGCGCCUUCGCCCCGGCCCCAGCAGACCCGCUUUUGGGUGCGCCUCCCUUUCCCCCCAUGCUUCACCGGCCACGCUCCGCCGCUGCCCGCGCUGCGGUCGCUAGAGUGUUGCGGCAGCGGCAGGAGGCAGCAGAAGGCAGUCUGCGCGGGGCUGGGAGGGGCGGUGAUGCAGGGGGGGCGGGUCAGGGCGGAAUGGAGGGGCAUGGCGCAGGUGCAGAGACACGGCGUGUAUGGCGAGGAUUGAACGCGGGUGCAGGGGGCGAACUGGGAGACGAGGAGGUGCGCGGAACGAAGAGAAAAGCGGAACCACAUGCGCAGGCGCAAGUGGGAACCGCUGGGGGGGUUACAGGUGGCAGUUUUGUGGGAUGGGGAGGGAACGUGGGAGUUGUGGAACGGUUAAGAAGGGAAGGAGGGGACGGCGCGGUUGCGUCGCGAAUGGCAGAGGGCGAGACGCAAGGAAGCAGAGCGGAGGCCAUGAGGGAGGAGCAGGGCGGUGCUGGAAGCAUGUUGCAGCAGGGAGCGGAGCAGGGCGGAGCAGAGAGGGAGGGCGGGGGGCAGGAAGGCGGGAAGCAGAGUGGGGUGGGGGAGCCGACAGGCGUAGGGGGAGUGGGAGGCGGCAGGGCGAUGGAGGUGAGCCCUCCGCGCAGCAUGCGAGAGCCAUCCUCCCGUGCUGCCCGCAAGAUGUGGCGCGAGCUGGUGCCGCACCGAGCAGGACGCACAGACACGGCACAGACUCACACGCUGGGAGGCAGCACGGGGCAAGGCGGAGAAUGUGACAAGCAGGCGGUGAAAGAAGAGCUGUGA